GUAGUACGAACGCGACUCAAGCAUAUAAAAAUAUUUAAGAACAUAAAUACGUGUUAAGAUGUUAACGUGGUUGGAGAAGAUCUCUUUGAUUGUCCUGAUCGUAGUGGCGGUAAAAAUAUUGAUAAAAGGAGCCCAUUUGAUAUGGAAAAAAUUAUUAGCACCUAAUCUAGGUUUGGGUAUAGAUUUAACGAGUCAAGGAAAGUGGGCAAUAAUCACAGGUGCAACGGACGGUAUCGGUAAAUCUUUCGCGAAUGCUCUUGCUAGCAAAGGUCUCGAUAUCGUCUUAGUCUCGAGAUCAUUACCAAAGCUUAAAGAUGUCGCAACCGAAAUAAAAGAGAGAUAUGGAGUUAAAACUUGUAUCGUUGUGGCUGAUUUAACACAAGGUCCAACAAUUUAUUCUAAGAUUGCCAAAGCUACGGAGGAACUCGAUGUUGGCAUUUUAAUUAACAACGCUGGAAUGAGUUACGAAUAUCCGGAACUUUUUACCAAGAUACCAGAAGAAACUCUAAAUAAUAUAAUGCAAUUAAAUAUCGUUGGUCUUACCGGUAUAAGCAAGGUGAUUUUAACAAGAAUGCUGCUACGAAAAAAGGGUGUCAUAAUUAAUGUAAGUUCGCUGUCGGGGAUGGAUAUUCCAAGUCCAUAUUUGACAGUUUAUGCGGCCAGUAAAGCUUAUGUCAUUAAAUUCAGCACCGAUUUAGCUGCGGAAGUAGCUCAGAAUGGUAUCACCAUACAAUGUAUUGUUCCUGGACCUGUUGCCACUAAGAUGACCAAAGUCAAAAAACCAACGUGGAUGACACCGACUGCUGAUAAGUUUGUCGAGGCUACUUUGAAAACUGUGGGAAUCGAAUCUUUAACAACCGGAUAUCCACCUCACUAUUUAGUGUACGGAUUUAUGAAAACGUUGACAUGCGUGUGUGAGAAGGGUGCAAUGUGGUUAGUGACCAGAACGAUGCUCAAUCUAAGAGGACGUUCUCUUCGAAAAAAGAUGAGGGAACAGGAGCAAAUGAAAGAGAUUCCACAACGUGACACUCUCCUCACGGAAUAAAUUUCUAAUAUUAAUCUAUCGAAAUUAGC